CAUCUUUAAUUAUAACAUUUCGAUAUUAGCACCAGUUACGUAGAGGCAGGACUCGGCACACUUGAAUUGUGUAGGAAUUUCGAAAUAGGUAGUGCAGUGAUACGUAAACGUUAAUAGCCGGCGAUUGCGAAAGAGAAUGGGGUUGCUGGUCUUGGCCUGUGUUUCAUUGUUGGUGAGUGGCUCUUUGGCUGUGGAUCGAGGAAACUUCAAAACCUGCGACCAGAGUGCCUUCUGCAAACGUCAACGGGCUCUCAAGGCAGGCCAGUCGCCGUACAGAGCCCUGCUGGACACGCUGGAACUCAGUGAUUCCAGGGUCACACUACAGCUCAUCAAUGACAACAACAAGGUGCGUCUUCUGCUGGAGCUGUACCGGCUGCAAGGCAACAUGACGCGGGUCAAGAUCAACGAGCUGAAGCCACUCAGGCCCCGCUUUGAGGUGCCGGACGUGCUGGUGUCCGACCCACCCACUGAGCCUAUGUCGCUGUUGUCUCAGGAUGAUAACGGCGUGGUGCUGUCCCUGGGCGUACAGCGGCAGCAGAGGCUGAUUGUCAGCGCUCGGCCCUUCCGGCUGGACAUCGUGGAGGGACCCGAGGUGCUGAUGUCUCUCAACUCCCGGGGCCUCCUGGCCUUUGAGCACCUGCGCAUGCGCAAGGACACUCAGGCCAAUCCUGAGGGUGGCGAGGCGAAGGAGGAGGCAGAUGGAGAAGAGCAGCAGGUGGAAGCAAAGGAGACCGCAGAAGAAGGUGUUAAAGAAGAGGAGAUGGAUGGCAUGUGGGAGGAGACAUUCAAGUCGCACACUGACGGCAAACCGAAUGGGCCGACCUCCAUCAGUCUAGACUUCUCUCUGCCCGGAGUAGAACACGUCUAUGGCAUUCCAGAACAUGCCGACACUCUCAAAUUGAAGACCACAGACGGUGGGGAUCCCUAUAGGUUGUAUAAUCUGGACGUGUUCCAGUACGAGCUGUUUAACCCCAUGGCCCUGUACGGAGCUGUACCCGUCAUGCUGGCCCAUAGUACGGCACGCACCAUGGGCCUCUUCUGGCUAAACGCUGCAGAGACCUGGGUGGACAUUAGCUCCAACACCGCUGGAAAGACCGUGUUUGGGAAGAUGCUGGACUACGUUCAGGGCGCCAGUGAGACGCCACAGACGGACGUGCGCUGGAUCUCCGAGAGCGGCAUCAUCGACGUCUUCAUCAUGCUUGGCCCCACUCCCUCUGACGUCUUCACCCAGUACGCCUCCCUGACCGGCACUCAGUCUUUCCCCCCCAUCGCUGCCCUGGCCUACCACCAGUGCCGCUGGAACUACAACGACCAGGAGGACGUGCAGGCUGUGGACAAGGGCUUCGAUGAGCACGACAUCCCCUACGACUUCAUCUGGCUGGACAUCGAGCACGCCGACGGCAAGCGCUACUUCACCUGGGACCCCCACAAGUUCCCCACCCCCAAGGACAUGCUGCAGGGCAUCAUGGACAAACGCCGCAAGAUGGUGGCAAUCGUAGACCCUCACAUCAAAAUAGACAGCAACUACAAAAUCCACAACGAGAUCCGGGCCCAAAACUUCUAUGUCAAAAACAAAGAUGGAGGAGAUUAUGAAGGCUGGUGCUGGCCUGGGAGUGCUGGUUAUCCAGAUUUCACCAACCCCCAAAUGCGGGCCUGGUGGGCUAGUAUGUUUGCUUAUGACCAAUACGAGGGUUCUAUGGAGAACCUGUACACAUGGAACGACAUGAAUGAGCCAUCUGUUUUCAAUGGACCAGAGGUCACCAUGCAUAAGGAUGCUAAGCAUGGCGACUGGGAGCACCGUGAUGUCCACAACCUCUACGGCUUCUAUGUGCAAAUGGCUACUGCUGACGGUUUGAUCCGCCGCUCUGGGGGAGUUGAGCGUCCGUUCGUCCUCACCAGGGCCUUCUUCGCUGGGUCUCAGAGAUACGGAGCGGUAUGGACCGGUGACAACGCGGCAGAGUGGGACCACCUGAAGAUCUCCAUCCCCAUGUGCCUCAGUCUGGGCCUGGUGGGCAUCUCUCUGUGUGGAGCUGAUGUCGGGGGUUUCUUCAAGACGCCCAGCGCCGAGCUGUUGGUUCGCUGGUACCAGACGGGUGCCUACCAGCCCUUCUUCCGCGCCCACGCCCACCUGGACACCCCCCGCCGUGAGCCCUGGCUCUUCGGGCCCGAGAACACGGCACUGAUCCGUGAGGCCGUGCGCCAGCGCUACGCCCUCCUGCCCUACUGGUACCAGCAGUUCUACCAGGCCUACAGGACCGGCCAGCCCGUCAUGAGACCAUUGUGGGUAGAGUAUCCCAAGGACACAGCCACGUUCACCAUGGAUGACCAGUUCCUUAUUGGGAAGGACUUGCUGGUGCACCCUGUAACUGAGGAGGGCUCCCGGGGCGUUACGGCCUAUCUGCCAGGACAUGGAGAGGUCUGGUACGAUGUCCACACAUUCCAGAAACACAACGGAGCUCAGAGCCUGUACAUUCCUGUUACCAUGAGUUCUAUUCCAGUAUUCCAACGUGGUGGUUCCAUUAUUCCCAAAAAGCUCCGGGUCCGGAGGUCCUCCUCGUGCAUGGAGAACGACCCCUAUACUCUUAUUGUGGCUCUGAGUCCCCAGAGGACUGCAGAGGGAGAGCUCUACAUUGACGAUGGCCACACCUUCAGCUUUGACACCAAGAAGGAGUUUAUUCACAGGAGCCUAACCUUUGCCAACAACGUCCUCUCCACUAGGAACCUGUGCCCUGAGAGCCAGCUCUCCUCUCCCUCCUGGAUCGAGAAGGUGAUCAUUCUUGGGGCCAGUAAUCCCAAAGGGGUCAACCUUAAGACUGAUGGUAAAGUGACUCCACUGGACUAUGAGUUUGAUGCCUCCAUGUCGGUGCUGACCCUCCGUAAGCCUGGCGUGAACGUUGGUGCAGACUGGACUGUGGAGCUGCUGUGAGGCUGGUGGGGACUGGGCUCAGGAUCCAUAGGGUGGAUGUGGCCACAGGCUGUGGUGACCACACGUGGAUAAAUGACCAAGGCAGGGAAGCUUGUAAGAGGCACAUGGAGACCAAGCUGAUCGAAUAUGGGACUACGAUCACAUACACACACACACACAGACACAACACAUACUUUCCCCAUCACACACACAGACACAACACAUACUUCUCCCAACACACACACUGAUGUUCAUCAACACAGAAAUGCAAGUGAAUUUCCCCGAAGUAGACCAAUGGGUAUGGGACUCUUUAGAAGCGAAACAAUCACACACACACACACACACACACACAAUACAUCUAUGAUCAUCAUAACAGGUGAUGACUUAUCACCUUUGCCAUCCAGGACCACAACUGAGUUAUUACUGCGUGACCAUGUCAUUAAAAAAUCUUAGAUGAACUCCUAGGACUAGGUGUUUUGAUUUUCCUUUUUCUGUUUUUAUAAAUGUCCAUGUCUGUCAAUUCAAUCUUGAUCAUGUGAUUGUUGAAUAUAUAUUUAACUGACAAAGUCUAAAGUCAAAAUGUUUUUGUUUUUUGUUUUUCUGAGAAAUUUCAGGCAUUUCAUCUGAAGGUAUUUCAUCUGGAUCUCUAUAAAUCAUUUUAGUAACCUAAUCAUGCCUUGUGAAAAUCAGUAAGUCAUCAUAGCAUGGUUGAGCCUUUAGAAAUCGUCACCCAUUUCUUCUUACUAUCCUGAACAACACAGCACUUGGUAUUGUGCCAGAUUUUUCUCUAAUUUGGGAAAAUAUUGAGAUACUGUGUCCUUAACUUCAACUUGAAAUACUUGAGAAUUCUUUGGGACAGUUUAAAUGACUUGCUAGUACUGGCUCUGUGUAUUGUAAUGUGAUGGGUGGGUGAGGGGAAAUGUGGCAGCUUAAGCAGGAAAUUAAAAUCAAAGAGUUGUUACAUGUUUUCAGGGGAAUAAACCACUGAAUCUAGAACAACUUCAUUGUUUUUGUUCUUUGCAUUCUGAGAUUGUGUUGAAUUCAGGAUAAGGUGAGAGUGAGUAACUGGGGGGGGGGGGGGUUGCAAACAUUGUUGCAAUGUUUACAACAAUAACCUGUAAUAGAAUUUGGGUUGUGGGUUUGUAGAGCCUUAUUGACUGCUGUUAUAAUGAUUUUAUCUGUGUGCAGGUGCAGAAAUAUAAUGCUACAUUGUGGACUUCUGGUUGUACGGAAAUGUGACAUGUCACAAAAGUCAACCAAUAACUAUGUUAUUUUUUUCUUGGUAGUAUGGAUUAGUGUUGAUUAGGGAUCUUGUUCAAACUAGGGCUCAUGCCCUCUUUCAAAUAACACAUUUGUAGAGGAUUGCCUUGAGAGAGGUUACUCACAAGCUAAUAAAGACUAAUGUUUGAUUGUUGGAUCUGAUGUGGGUAAUAAAAGUGUAUUAUACCGAA